UUAAAACUAGAACACUUUAAGCGUCUAAUGGAACGGUUUUUCAACGGCUUGCAGCUGCGCGAAAUGACAAUAAACAGCCGCCCGGCAGUUUCGCGCGCGUUCGUUACGAGAGUCAGAUGCUAAGUCAGAUGUUUGAUGAACCGAGAUUUUAUUAAAGUUUUUUUGUGUUAGAAAUUAUAAAUUAAUCAUGUUCUCCAAAGCUAAACGAUUUGACCCCCUCGUUUCAGGAAAAAAAGAAAAUACAAGUAGUGUUAAUCAGAAAAAGCAAGAAAACGAAAAACCAAAAAUUUCUUCCAAAAUUCAGUCAGCACCUAAAACAUCUAUCAAUUGUAAUUUGGAUACGCAGUCACAAUGUAGCUCUGUUCAAAGUACUAAACCCUUUGUUACGCCUCAGCCAUUGAAAGUUGCAAGACUUAUCAAGCCCCCAUCAAGCCUUAAAAAACCAUUAUCAUACUCUAAAAAGAAAAUUGAGAAUAAAGAUCAUGAUGAAGUAAUUAAAGCACAAGAAGUGGAGAUAAGGAAUAAAGACCAUACAAUCUUGGAAUACAACAAACAAAUUGAAGAACUUCAAACUAAAAUUCUCUGCCUUCAGAAACAAGUCAAAUGCUUUUCAAAGGACAAUAAAGACAUAGAAGCCAUUAACAAAAACCUAUCAAAAAUCACUAUAAGCAAUAAUAUUUCUAAAGGGCAAAGGCAAAAAACAUGUACUAUUAAUAAUACAAAACAAAUAAAUGAUUUGAAAAAUAAAAUAUCUGAACUUCAAAAUCAAUGUGAAAAUCUUGAAGAAGAAGUAAGGAGUAAACAAUUAGAAUUGAGCUCACUUGAAGAAGUUAUUACAAUCAGAGAUAGUUUAUGCAAAGAUUUGCAAGAUAAAUUGACCAAUGUUGAAGCAAGUCUAGAGGAGGCUAGGCAAAGACUUGAAAUGGUUAAAGGUCAUCAUGCUUUAGCUUUAGAAGCUAAUGAAAGUAUCAGGAAGGAAUAUAAGGCAGAAUUGGAAGUUUUAAAAGCAAAGCUUGAGGAGGAGAAACAAGCUAUUAUCACUAAAUCUAAAAAUGACCAGGAAAAUAUGAAGACAAAAUAUAAUUCUCUAAUAGAAUCUAUUAAACAACAAUUGAUAAAUGAGAAUGAAGUAGUACAUGAACUGCAACAACAGUUAAGUACUAAAGAUAAUGAAAUGAAGGCUAAACUUGAACAAAUUGAUGAGGCAACUCAAGAAAAAUUAAGACUCUGUGAAAUACAAUUUGAAGAGCGUACCCAAAGUUUACAAGAACAUUGUAUACAACAACAAAAAAUUAUACAAGACUUAGAAAGAGAAACUAUAGGGUUAAAACAUAAUAUUUGUGUUCUUGAAGACCAAAAUGUUAUUUUAAGGGCAGAUAUUGAAAAUUUUAAAAUCAAUAAUAAUACAUUAAACAAAGAAAAAAAUAAUAUUGCAGAAGAAAUGAAUGUGCUUAAAGAGGAGUCAAAGAAGAAAUUUAUAGAGUUUGAAAAUGAAAUUAAUAAAUUAACUGUAGAAGUUGAUAAAGCAAAUAAAGAAAAAAUAAAGUUUGAAAUGUCUUUAUCAGUAACCAGAGAUAUAGUACAAGUCUUAACAAUGCGCUUGAGGGAAUCAGAUAGCGAGCUUGAACAUUUAGAAAAUGAACUAGAAGCUUUAAAAAACUCAAAAGAAGUAGCAGAAAAUGAAUUGACUACCAUCAAAAAGUCACUGAAUAACACUGUCAUGGAAUGUAAUGAGUACAAGGAAGCUCUAGUUAAUAUUUUAAAAUCCAAAGCUGCAUUGGCUAAGGAGCACACUCGCAUAAUGGAACACAAUGUCAGUUUGAUUGAAAGUUUACAGAAUGUCGAAAAAGAAGCUUACAGAGAACUUGAUUCUAUUAAAAGUGAACUUAUUGAGGAUGUUGAGUUAUUAAGAAAGGAAUCCAACUCACAAAUUCAAAUGUUAAGAGAGGAGGUGGAGAAAAAACAGUUGCUUUGUGAGUUAAGUAGAGAGCAUGCGGGCCAAGCUACAGCAGCAGCAGAGCAAUCACGUGUCCUGGUCUCCCAAGCAGCUGCUGAGAUCAACCGUCUUGAAAGUGAAAAUAAACGUUUACAACAGCAGAUACACGAUCAGCAGUCCAUGGUCGUCGAGUUAUCACUACUUCGUCAAGAAAAUGAAGAAUUAACAAUGACAGUCGCCAAAAUGACAUCUAUUAUCGAAAAAUUACGCAAGGACUCUGAACAAUCUCAAUAUAAGCCAAAGUCACCUUCAGUGUUACGAAAAACACACAAAGUUGGCAAAGAAAAUUUAAAUACCAUUUCACCAUUGCGAGAGAAAUCAUUAGCGUGCUCUUCUGGAUAGACAUUAGUUUUAUUAAUUACACUUACAUACCAUUGUAUGUAUAUCUAGAGGCCUUUACAUAUUGUGAUGGAAUUAGCAGAAACAUUAUAAUGUAAUGUUGUAAGAUAUGACCUUAUUGAAGUUAUGAAAAAAAUCAUAUUAUUCUUUAUACCAUUAAUAUUCUAAUUUCGUGUUUCAUCUGAGGAAUAACCAGGUGGUUAUUAUUCCCUUGUUCUGAAUCGUUUCGUUUAUUUAUUAUAAAUUAUUUAUGACUUGUGACAAAUGUUUUGUAUCUUUGUUUUAUUUAUUGUGGCGUGUGAAUAAAAAAUUA